GCUGUCUCACGGGUUAGUUCGGAAGGCGUAUCAACCGCAGAGACAGGCGUGGCGAAAAUGUGAGCCGGGCGCAGGGCGGCCAGGUCACGCCUCCAUCAGUCCGAGACGGCGGCGAGAUUGGCUGCCGGCCCUCCCACGCCGGCCACCGCCUCCACAGCUCGCGUGCAAGUCAGCAUGGACUGUCCCUGUGCCCAGCCUUAACAGUGUCCCAGCGUACAAACCGAGAGAGCCGUUUCACCUGGCCGACCUACAUCCGCUCCCACAGGAAAGUCGCCUCCAGCUUUGUGGGCUAGAAGCCAGCCCACCCCCGUCUUCGCCAAACCCCGCCUCAAAACCGUGCCCCAGCUACUCUUCUCUAAAGGGCAGUCGGAUGAAAGGCAUACUGAUGAAUCCACUUCCUUCACAGUAAAAUAUGGAAAGGAAAAGCUCAUCCAGAGAGAGCCCCAGAAGGCCCUCAGCCAGACAAGUCAAAGGCACAGACACCAAAGAAGUGUCUCGGCAGCUCGGCAUGGCAGCCGCCGAGUCAGAUAAGGACUCUGGAUUUUCAGAUGGGAGCUCCGAAUGUCUGAGCUCAGCAGAGCAGAUGGAGUCCGAGGACAUGCUGAGCGCCUUAGGCUGGAGCCGAGAAGACAGGCCAAGGCAGAACUCCAAGACUCCCAGCAGUGCCUUCCCUACACUGUCCCCGAUGGUUGUCAUGAAGAACGUGCUGGUCAAACAGGGCAGCAGCUCAUCCCAGCUCCAGUCGUGGACCGUCCAACCCUCCUUUGAAGUUAUCUCAGCACAGCCACAGCUCUUAUUCCUUCAUCCAUCUGUACCGUCUCCUGCCAGCUCAUGUCACACUGGAGACAAAAAGUCGGACUCCAGGAACUACUUGCCCAUCCUAAAUUCUUACACCAAAAUAGCACCACACCCAGGCAAAAGGGGCCUUUCCUUUAGCCCAGAAGAACGAGGAGAGAGUGGAGUGCGAAAGAAAAUUUGUACAGAGAGCCUUGGGCCAAGCUUGUCUUCCAGUGAGCCGACCAAGACUGGGGCUGUGCCAUCCAGUCCUCUGGCUCCAGCCCCCUCCAGUGCCAAGCUUGCCGAGGACUCUGCUCCACGGGGUGUGCCCUCCCUGGUGGCAGGUGGAAGUCCACAGACUCUUCAGCCGGUGUCCAGCAGCCAUGUGGCUAAAGCUCCCAGUCUGACCUUUGCUUCCCCUGCCAGUCCAGUCUGUGCAUCAGAUAGCACUCCACAUGGGUUGGAGAGCACCUCCCCGCUCUCACCACUCUCCGCGAGUUACAGCUCACCUUUAUGGGCUGCAGAGCACCUCUGCCGCAGUCCAGAUAUCUUUUCAGAGCAGCGGCAGAGCAAACAUAGGCGCUUUCAGAAUACCCUCGUAGUCCUGCACAAAUCUGGUUUGCUGGAAAUCACUUUGAAAACCAAGGAGUUGAUUCGUCAGAACCAGGCAACGCAGGUGGAGCUAGACCAGCUAAAGGAACAGACUCAGCUGUUCAUAGAGGCUGCCCAGAGCAGGGCCCCUCAGGCGUGGGCCAAGCUGCAGGCCUCUUUAACAUCAGAGUCCAGUCACACUGGCAGGCACCUAGAAGUGCUCUCUGGCCACCCAGACAUAUAACCCAGAAGGCAUAUUUUCCUGUUAUUUGAGUGGUUCUUUUUAACUCUUUUGCUGUUAUUUACUUCUGUUUCCCAAAACUUAUGUUAAGAGCUUUUCCUUAAACUAAAAUUCUUCAGUGGUUCACUUAUGAAGCCACAUGCCAAUACUUGGCUGUUGUCUUAAGCUGUGGUCUGUGCACAGUUUACAUAUGUCUCUGUCCCACUGCAAAUCUCAGAUUUGGAGUGUCCUUGAGUCCCUUUUCCUUGGCCUGCAGGCACUUAGAUGGGUCACAGGGCAAAACAGGAGGGAAGAUUGUGUGGGGCUCUUCUGCCUGUCACCUCCCACCAGCCACUAUUACUGUGAUCAAGUGUACAGUGCCAUGGAUGAGCCUUUGGAGUGAUGCCUGUCAAACCAGGGAAUAGGUGACAUAAGGAUCCCUUCAUGGAUCUUCUUUUGAAUGCCUCAGUCACAGAGAAAAAUAAGAGGAGGUGUGUUUGCAUUCCACAAGGCCUUGUUUCAUUUGGAUGAAACCUUAAAUGCUUUUGGGCACAGGUUGAGCCUGGGUGUAAGCACUUAAUCACGUGCAGCUUUGUUUUCUGAAACUUGAAGGGCAAGGGGAAAGAGUAAUACCAUUUCACUCUUCCACUUUAAUCACAAGUCAGAUUUCACUUAAACUGGUAGGCAGAAUGCUUCUGAUUUUUGAAGUAUAGAAUGGAUUCAGUACCAUCUGGAAUUACAGUUGAUGGAUUGCUUUUUUGAUUUAAAGUCUGAAGAAAGUAGCCAUGGCCAGCAUCUCUUGGUCAGGAGUUGGAAGAUUCAGGAAAUUUAUGCUUCCUCUCCCCACUUUCUUCUUUUAAAAUAAUGCAACCUGUAUUAUAUGUGAAAAUCUUAAAAGAUAGCCCCAUGGUUUCUGAGAGUGUAAUGUAGGUUAACCCUCUGCUGCCACCUUUUUUCUUUUUUUUAUAAAAGAGGAAAGAAGUGAUUGUUAAGCUUGCUAAAUUUUGAAUUAAAAUCAUCCUGCAUUAUGACACAUAAGUUUACAAAAUAUAGGAAAAUAUUCUUACCAAUUUAUUACUUCUGAAGUUUGCAUUUGUCCCACAUCACAAUGUGUGGGGCGAUGGUGAAACAGCCUUCUGGGUUUCUCUUGUGCGUUGGAUGUUGGCAGCAAAACCAAGGGUGUAGCAUUGGUUAUGUGAAGUUCAUCCAAAGACGGAGAGUGUGAUGAGAAUUUCCAGAUGAUACACACUCUUUCAGCUUCAUUGUAAGGGUAAACUAGAUUUCUAAGUAGUAAUGUUUCAAACUUUUUUAUCUUUCAUCUAAAAAUCUCAUCCUCUUGAACAUCUUUGUACAAAUUACCUUAAUAAGAAGUUCUGUGUGACUAACUUCAUCUUUUCUGCAAGGAAAAUGUUCUUGAAGUUUUACCAAGGCCAGAAGCUAAUGGUCACAUUGAUGAGGUAAUUUUAACUUUAAUAUAAUUUUUAAAUGACAAGGCUUCAGAUUGCCUACACUCUGUUCUCAAGCAAGUGUGAUUUAGAUAUGACAAUUUAGAAAUAAACAACUUGGGAAAAUCUC